GAUUUGAUCGAAAACGGUAAUGGAUGCAAAAUGACGCUUAAUAGUCACCACUGGGAAGCAGAAAUGUGCUGUUGUGCGACGGAUUUAUGCAAUACGAAGGGACUGCAACAGACUAGCACAUCGACAGCAAGUUACACGAACUUGACAUCUAAGCCGACACUCGCUGCUGACCCAGCCAACGAAACCUCGUAUGAGAAUUUGAUUUCGGCUAGUCAAUUUGUAACGCCACAGGUUUCAACUGAGAAUAAAACCUCAACCCAUAUCGAUAAACCGGAAAACUUGACGUCCACAUCGAAUGGACCUUCGCCAACUGAAAGACCUUCAAGUGGAUCGUCGCCAGUUUCAUCUCAACUUCCAUGUGCAACUGACCCAAUUGAGACUAAGACUUCACAAGGUUCAUCUCGGGCAUCACAUCAAUCUUCAACAACACCGAUCGAAAGUUCCACUGAAAAACCCUCAACCGAAACGCAAAAUGCAAGAUAUUCAUCUAGAUUUACCAGAGUAGCAACAUCAAUUCAACAAGGUAACACAGCGUCGCCGUCUCAAAAUGUCAGCCAGACUUUAUCAACUCAAACUCNAUCAUUAUUAACUGGCGUUAAGAAGCCAGAAGGCUCUGCGGCGAUUUCAAAAGAAGCUUCGCCAUCUGAAAGCGAAAGUUCGCGAGUUUCAUCUCAAUUUGCAAGUGCAUUUGACCCAAAUGAGACUGAGAAUUCAUCUGAGUCUUUGCUUCAAUCUUCAUCAGCGCCGACUGAAGUGAAGUUCCAGUGA